UUAUUUGUGAUGGCCUAAAAUGCCCGAGGUCUGAAAUGCCCGAAUUGAAUAUGACUGAGCAAGAGCAAGAGAUGUGCAUGAAUGUGCAUGGCAUAUUAACCGGCACCGUAUACGGUAUCGUGUCCUAAGUUUAAAUUAACAUUUAGAAAUCAAGUGGAGUGUUUUCUUUGAUAGUAACGAACAAUGUUUCCAUGUGGACGUCUGGGCAUGUCGUCAUCCAGGUUUCUGAAUUUAAAUAACUGUGUCCACGGUCUGCAAUUAAAACAACUGACAUGUUAUACGACUAACAGACAAGCGUUGUUCUACAGAACGAACGCAACUCAACAAUUACAAGAAACAUUAUAUAACGUGAAUAUCAGUCAGACUUCCAUGUUAAAUGUGUUUAAGAGAAGAUUAUUUAAUAUAUAUUCACUAAGUUAUAUUGGCUGUGGGUAUUUUAGUACGUCGUGUCGAGUCUUAGCGGGACAUAGUAAAUGGUCAAAUAUACGACAUACAAAAGGUGCAAAUGAUGCCAAGAAAUCUUCGAUGAUAAUUUCUAUAUCAAAAAGAAUCAAGUCAGCCAUUAAAGCAACUGGUAAAGCAGAUCCUAAAACUAACUCGGCCCUAGCCCGAUUAAUAGCGGAAGCGAAUGCACAUGAUGUACCUAACUCUACCAUAGAUAAAGUUAUAAAGGCCACUGUAUUGGAAGGUAAUAAAACUAAAGAUGUUGUAUUUGAAGGUCGUGGACCAGGAAGUUGUGCUAUUAUUCUUGAAUGUACAACUCAACAUGUUGAAAAAACCCGUAAUGAAAUAGCUGCAGUCCUGAAACAGUGUGGGGGUAAAAUAGCUGAACCUGGAUCCCUUCAGUAUUUCUUUACUCAGGCAGGUUUUAUAGAUGUUCGUGUUAACCCGGAGGAGAUGAAAGAUUUAGAUGAAUAUGUUGAUGUUGCCAUAGAAACAGGUGCUGAAGAUGUCUCAUUACAGGAAUUUGAAGAAGGAGAAAAAUACUUAAGAUUUGAGUGUGAACCUGCUACCAUUAUGAUGGUGAAAUCGAAGCUGGAGAAGAAAGGACUGGAAAUACUAGAAUGUCAGUGCGAGUACAUACCUAACUCUUACAUUGAACUGGACGAAACGGACACAAACAAGAUGAGAAAAUUCUUUGAUAAAGUUGAAUAUCUGACGUCAGUAGAUCGCGUACAUGUGAAUGUUGAACUAAAGGAAACGAGUUAAUAUAAUUAUAAUGAAGAGAUAUCACGAGGGAAAUUGUGUCCGGACACGGAACACUGGUUGACAACUUGUUAACAUGUACUAUCCAGAUGUGUAGUAAUCAAAUUUAUAGAAAUACAUUAAUUAAAAUAAACUGUUUUUUAAAAAAAUUAAAUUAUUAAUAUGUUUAUCUAUACUGAUAUCCAAAAGAAAGUAUACAAAUGAACAUUGUACCCAAAUACCGCAUACAAUGGAAACACGACGUUGUUUGAAACAGGACGAAAUGAACAGUGUAUACUUUCUUUUGGACUUCAGUAUAGUUUAACAUAUGUUUGUUUCAUAUUUGCAGUUCUUCUUCUUAUAUAUUCGUCUCGGUAAGUUGAAAAUAUUUGAUUACUAUUCGAAUACAAAUUUCAAAACCCUUCGAACAUUCAAAUGGUGUUUCGUUUGAAUAUCUGAACACCAAAGGCUACUCUGUUUGAAAUAAUAUUUUUUAAUUCUAUGGAAAUUACA